AUGGCGGGCAAUCCAUUCAGAAAGUCGCAAUUCCUGUCGCUGGACGUUUCGGCGGCGCGUGAAGCAGCGGGACUCGACACUAGUCAGCCAGCAGCAGCAACAUCGACAAGCACUCAGGAGCUCGAUNNAGCCAAGACAAAGCGGAAGGUGCAGAAGAAGGUUCGCAUUCAGAGUCCAGUCAUCUCGCCGGACUCUCCCGCCGCCGCCUACCGAGAUCAAUAUGACCCCUUCGACACAUACCUCAACCCCAUGGGUCAGCCUGCACUACCCACGACCAAAGAACAAGACGUAGAGACAGCGCGCGAGCUGCGCAAGUCCUUUAUAGACUCGUUGGCAAGAGGGGCCACUGUCCCAAACAGAGAAGCCUCGUCGAUAGCUCCACCGAUAGCUCCUGCCCAAGCUCAAGCUCCUGCCUUUGUGCCAGAGAGAAUGGAAACCUCAUCCCAGUCAAGCCAACAAGUACCAUACAACCCCUUUGCCAAAACUCUGGCUACAAUUGAUCCUCAGAAUGCCGCUUCGGCCCCUGUCGGUCUCUCGAGAGACACAUCCGCUGCUUCCGCUAAGCCGGCCAUGGACGUCGACGCAUUUACGCGCAUGCUGUUGACAGGCAGUACUCCAUCUGCAUCACCCGGACCCAUGACACCCUCGGCACGUCUACCGUCUGCUACCGCCAACUCUCUUGGAGACCUGCACCCCGAGUCUCCUUCUGCCUCGGACGACGAACAUCACGAUGAACCUCCGGAACCAGACUACGAGCAACUGACAGGUUUGGUCAGAACACCAGAUACCCAGACGAAGAAGCCCAAGCCGCCUCCACCAUCACACCACCACGGCAAGGCUCUAUCCACUCCCAACAAAGGCCCACAAACUGUCUCGUUCGCCGACUUUGACGUCCCUGCCACCCCUCCUGCUCUUCCCUCGCCAUCACUCGUCUCGCCGAAGCCCCAGCUUGUCCGAUCUCCUUCCGAUCUGAAUAAACCUCUACCUCCACCUCCUCCGCCGCAUCAGUCGCCCAGUCCAGAUGCGACUCCUUCUAUCCCGGAGCAGUCAGAUGAGAAGCUCGAGCGGCCGACCCCGCAGCAGCUCCAAUCUCUCACGAUCCUCUGUCCCAGACGACUAUUCAGAUGGCACGGCAACACCACCCGCGAAGCCACCACCACCGCCAGCAAGAAGAGUGCCUCAUUCUGUAGAAACGGACCUGCCUGUUCCGUCAGGACGGCCACCGCCUCCACCACCAUCUCGCAACACAAAACAACGACCCUCGAGCGUCAGUCGCACACCGUCCACAAACUCAUGGGGCAAGCUUCNUACUCGUCUGGAGGCAGGACGCCGUCUGUUUCGUCCAUCCCAACAGUCGACGAGGGUGAUUCAGGCGAGGAUAGGAGUUUCAAUGCUACUCCGCAACCCGAGGCGCAACAAGCUGGUGCGAAUGGUGGUGGUGCAGCUGCAGGAGGUGGUGGUAUCUUGGCCGAUAUGUCUGCCAUGCAAGCUGAGAUUGACGCCCUGAUGGCAAGAUCAAAAGGUGGCUCUUGA